AUGUCGCAAACUACUACUACCGGAACCGAGACGAUGCGCCUGCCAGCAACGAUGAGAGCAUGGCAAUGGUCAACAUGCGGUACCACCCUCGAGGAGGCAAUACAGCUCAAUGAGUCAGUACCGCUGCCGACAGCGAAGCGGCCACUCGCAAGUGGAGAAUCUCUGAUUCAGGUUCACGCUGCUGCUCUGAACCAGGUCGACUACAAGCUUGCAGAACUACCCAUCGUUGGGCGAAUGGCCAUCCCUAAGCCAGCAACCCCCGGACUUGAUUUCGCUGGAAGAGUCGCUGAAGUGGGACCGGAUUGCGACCUCACGGUCGGGCAAAUGGUUUUUGGCAAGCUCGAGCCGAAGCAACAGUUUGGCACAUUGGGAGAAUUCAUCAUCGGUUCAAAAGCGGGAACGGUGCCAAUGCCCGAUGGUAUCUCAGCGGAGCAAGCAGCAACGCUGGGAGUCUGCGGUCUUGUUACAUAUCAGUGCCUCGCACCGAAUGUAAAAGCCGGUGACAGAGUACUAAUCAACGGUGGUUCAGGUGGUACGGGUACUUUUGCCAUUCAGAUCGCAAAAGCUCUGGGAUGCUAUGUCACAACGACCUGCUCCGCCGCAAAUGUUCAGCUUUGCAAGGAUCUUGGGGCCGACGAAGUCAUCGACUAUCGCCAGAACGAUGUACCUACCAUUCUGGCAAGCAGCUCAAACCACUAUGACAUGGUUCUCGACAACAUUGGACAUCAGUUUGAGCUAUACUGGAAAUCACCCUCCUUCACAAAACCUGCAGCGAAGUACGUCCAGAUCGGAUCUCAAGUGAGCCUACCCUUUAUCUACGAUCUCGCAUUCCGCUUCCUGGUACCGACGUGGCUUGGAGGUGGGCAACGGCGAUUCUCUUUCGGUCUUGCUUCUACGAACUUCGAAGACUUCACGAAGUUGGGUAAACUUGUUGCGGACGGGAAAGUGAAACCUGUCGUGAGUGAGGUGUAUGCUUUCGAGCAUGUACCCGACGCUUAUGAGAAGCUCAGAACAGGCAGAGCGAAGGGAAAGCUGGUAGUCAAAUUGGGAGUAAAGUGA